UUCAUUUGAGUCCGGAAAAUUCAUCGUUAAACUUCUGUCCCACAUUUCCAAUAAACCAUGAAAAACAUCCAACACAUAUCUUCUUGUCCCCUGUAAUCGCAACCAUCUAUGGCAAGUUCACCAAUUAUCUUCCUCCUCCUCUUCCUCAUCCCCUGUUGUCUCUCAUCAUGUGUAGAUUCUUCAUGUUCGGAAUCAACUUGUGCGGUGAAUGAACCUCCUGUUCAAUUCCCUUUCCGUCUUAAGUAUGUUCAGGACGAGCAGUGCGGGUACGCAGGCUUUGAUCUAUCGUGCAACAACAAAAAUCGAACUGUCCUCGCCCUUCCAUUCUCAGGUGAAUUCUUAGUUGACACCAUCAAUUACCAGGAAGAGAUUGUGGUCCUCCGGGACCCAGAUGAUUGCUUGGCCAGAAGGUUGUUGGGCGGCUUCAGCUUAAAGGGCUCGAGCUUCAUCAGCGACCACUACCGGAACUUCACUUUCUUCAACUGCUCACCAGACAUAUCCGAUGCCUAUUAUUAUUAUUAUAAUUUUCGAGUUCCGUGCCUCAGCACAAGUCACUACAGCAUUCUCCUUGUACCGGAUUAUGCUGUAACCCCCGGCAUGGACUUGUCGUAUUUGUGCAGUGAUAACUGGAUGGUGACAAUUCCGGUGCCGUGGCAUACCUGGUCCGAAGUUACCGAGUACAUCUCGCUGAAGUGGGAUAGAACGCCCCUAUGCGAGUACUGCCAGAAGCAUGGUGGAUCUUGCAAGUAUGAAGGUGACAGCACGAUCAAAUGCCCUGCCAAGCGUGGAAUUUCCAAGCGAGCUAAGAUAGGGAUAAUCCUGGGGGUGGCUUCCCCCUGCUUCCUCGGCAUCCUUGGGAUCUCCUGCUACCUGAGCAGCAGAAACCGUCGCCAACCAAAUGGCAACGUGUCACCUGAGCAGCAUGCUCGACCUAUGGGGAUGGAUGGACCUGCCAUAGAGUUGUAUCCGAAGACUGAGGUUGGGGACAGCGGGCAGCUUCCCUGUCCCAGUGACAACACAUGCUCCAUAUGCCUGUCGGAGUACCAGCCCAAGGAUACCCUGAGGACGAUCCCCAACUGUAGUCACUACUUCCACGCUCGUUGCAUCGACCCAUGGCUGAAGCGGAACGGCUCAUGCCCGCUGUGCCGGAAUCGACAGGGAUCUCCGGCCAAGUCGAUAACCGACCACACCAAUGGAUCCUCGGCCUAAAAGCAUCGCAAUCUUCUCAGAGCAUAUUGUGAAGAAUCGAUCGAUGUCAUCUUGGGAUCAAGAACUAUUAAAAUUGAGCUGAGUACUGUACCAAAAUUUGAACUGGUACCUAUGAUAAAGUAGUUGAUCCUUCAAGUAACCACACCACAAAUUUAUCGAGUGGUGAUUUCUAUUAACAGCAAGUUCGAGUA